AUGUCUACAAAGCCAGCGGACGCUUCCCGACCUCGGGCUGGUGACACCAAGAAGGUCCAUAUUGCCGACACUCCUUUGACACGGUACAACUGGUACAAGCAUGUUGACUGGUUGAAUGUCUUCUUCAUCAUCGGUAUCCCACUCUAUGGCUGCAUCCAGGCUAUCUGGGUGCCGCUGCAGCUCAAGACCGCCGUCUGGGCCGUCAUCUACUACUUUUUCACCGGUUUGGGCAUCACAGCUGGGUACCAUCGACUCUGGGCUCACUGCUCUUACUCUGCUCGUCUCCCGCUCCGUGUCUUUCUCGCAGCCGUCGGUGGUGGUGCUGUGGAAGGUUCCAUCCGCUGGUGGGCUCGUGGCCACCGUGCCCACCAUCGUUAUACCGACACCGAGAAGGACCCCUAUUCCGUCCGCAAGGGCUUGCUCUACUCACAUAUCGGUUGGAUGGUCAUGAAGCAGAACCCUAAGCGUAUCGGCCGCUCGGAUAUCUCCGACCUGAACGAAGAUCCCGUUGUGGUUUGGCAACAUCGUAACUACAUCAAGGUCGUUUUCGCCAUGGGUUUGGUGGUGCCAAUGCUUGUGGCUGGCCUGGGCUGGGGAGACUGGUGGGGCGGCUUCAUUUACGCUGGAAUCCUGCGUAUCUUCUUCGUGCAGCAGGCGACUUUCUGCGUCAACUCUUUGGCUCACUGGCUCGGUGACCAGCCCUUCGAUGACCGAAACUCUCCUCGUGACCACGUCAUUACCGCUCUGGUCACCCUAGGCGAGGGCUACCACAACUUUCAUCACGAAUUCCCGUCAGACUACCGCAACGCUAUUGAAUGGCACCAGUAUGAUCCGACUAAGUGGACCAUUUGGGUUUGGAAGCAGAUGGGUCUGGCCUAUGAUCUGAAGCAAUUCCGUGCUAACGAGAUCGAGAAAGGUCGUAUCCAGCAACUUCAGAAGAAGAUCGACCAGAAGCGUGCCAAACUGGACUGGGGUGUCCCGCUUGAUCAGCUUCCCGUCAUGGAAUGGGACGACUACGUUGAGCAGGCUAAGAGCGGCCGCGGACUGGUGGCCAUUGCCGGAGUUGUGCACGACGUAACCGACUUCAUUAAGGAUCAUCCAGGUGGCAAGGCCAUGAUCAACUCCGGUAUUGGCAAGGAUGCCACGGCGAUGUUCAACGGUGGUAUUUACUACCACUCCAAUGCAGCCCACAACCUGCUGUCGACCAUGCGGGUUGGUGUGAUCCGGGGUGGCUGCGAGGUAGAGAUCUGGAAGCGGGCCCAAAAGGAGGGUAGUGAGUACGUUCGUGACGACAGUGGUCAGCGGAUUGUCCGCGCUGGUGAACAGGUCACCAAGAUUCCUGAACCGAUUCCCACGGCCGAUGCAGCAUAA